UUAACCUGCAUAGGUUUUGAGCUUAAACUUCCUCUACACAGUUUUCCUGUGUGCUUGGGCUCACUGGGCAGUGCACUACAUGUCCGAUAGAGGGGUUGUUUGGGACGCAGUCCCGUUACUCACACACUCCACACACACUCCUCACACACACACACACACUCGGAGGAUGAUCCGAAAGGAAAGAAAACAUGUUCACGACUUUUAUACGGAUUAUAACUCUUCGAGCGUUAAAAAAAUGAUUGUACUCGUGAGCUGGUGGAUUACAGGGAUAACUUUUACCGCUCUGCCAUGGUGUGAGGCGGUGCAGGUGAGCGUGCGGGACGAGCGCCGAUUCGCAAUGCUUUUCCAGUCGGUGGUUCUGCCAUGUCAGUACACAAGCCCCUCUACCCAUACCCCAGUGGUGCAGUGGUGGUUCAAAUCGUACUGCCGUGACCGCACACGUGACGCAUUCAGCUUUCCAGACUCUCUGGGGGUCCGGGGGUCUGAACUGGGGCCCACAUCCCAUCUGGACUGCAGCGACAACAGUCGGACGGUUCGGGUUGUGGCCUCUGGGCAAGGAUCCUCUCUCACCAUCGCUGAUUACUACAAAGACCGAGACAUCUCCAUUAUAAACAAAGCUGACCUACGCAUUGGAGAGUUGCGAUGGGGCGACAGUGGAGUUUAUUACUGCAAGGUGGUGAUCGCUGAUGACUUGGAGGGCCAGAAUGAAGCUCAUGUGGAACUGCUGGUUCUGGGUCAGACAGGUGUGGCUGACGAUCUCCUGCCUGAGAUAGAUCUGGAGAUUAUGCCAGAGUGGGUGUUUGUGGUGGUUGUAGUCCUGGGUGGUGUCUUGUUCUUCGUCCUGGCCGGUGUGUGCUGGUGUCAGUGCUGUCCUCACUCCUGCUGCUGCUAUGUGCGAUGCUGCUGUUGCCCUGAAACCUGCUGUUGUCCUCGCCACUUGUAUGAAGCAGGGAAAGGCAUAAAAACUGCAUCCCCCACACCAGUAGCAAUCUACCCCCCGUACUACAUGCAAGGCAUGCCCGCCAUGGUGCCCAUCUCUCCUCCCUCAUUCGUUGAGUCCAAGAUGUCCACGGUACCAUCCGCCGAUAAUAAUAUCUCUGCAUCUCAGCAGCCGUUAGUGCACAGUGGGUAUCGUCUCCAGCCCACGCCGGAUCAGAAUUCCCUGAAGGUGCUGCAGUAUGUGGAACGAGAACUGGCGCAUUUCAACCCUUCUAAGACCCUCAGCAGUCACGAUACUUGCAGCAUGUCAGAACUUAGUUCCUUACACGAAGCAGAGACAGAUUUCCACCAGGCUUAUCGGAAAGUUCAGAAGAAAGCACUUCCAGCCAUUCCUGAUAUGGAUGAUCCUCCAGACCUGCUGAGUAGAGAAAAGUCUCCAGUGCACGCACCAACGUCCGCUCGACUUCCUCAUCAUCGAGUGAAGGAUGAUCACCCAAGGUGGAAUCCUCGUUCUGAGCACCUGCAGAGGAAGGCUUUCCAAAUGGGAGGACGCACCGGCUCCCUGGAUGAGCUUGAGGAAUUUGCCAUGAGCUACGUGCAGCGAAGACGGCACGAUGACUUUAGCGACGAUGAAGACGAUCACAUGAUGUGCGCAAAAGAACACGAGCGCGAACACCGGAGAGAACGGGAGCUGGAACGUGACCGUUAUCCGUAUUACAGCUCCAAACGUUAUUCUCCUAAAGAUAUCCGAGACAGACCUCGUCCUCCAAGUCCUCCAAAGAGACGAGGUACGGCUGACAGCAACCUUCGGCGGGACCUCAACGCAUGGGAUUUGAGAAGACAGGAAGUGGAGAGCGGACGGGACUACGACGACGACCUCCUCAAUAGCUUAUUGGAACGCAAAGCAAAAGCGGGAAGGAGCUCGUCCUCGAAAGGUGGCCGGAACGAGGAAGAAAUGGACAGACCCUCCAAGAAUAGCUCUCAAAAGAGCUACCACAGUCACUCACCUAGCCACAGAUCAGCUAGCAACAAACCGACGGAGGAGGACGAUUUGUUGCCGCCGUACAUAGAAAAGGAACCAGAACGUUUCCGUGGAGCUGUGAACUCUCACCAACCGUUGAGUUCCACACGCUCCAGAAAAGAACAGGAGAAUAAAGAGGAACCGAGUAGGCCGCGUAAAGUGAACACCCUCCUAAGCAGAGAUUCCCUCAUAGUCUGAGCUGCAAAGGCAGGUCUCACAUGCACUUGCUCUCCAUCCAGCUUCCCACUCUGCGCACUGAUCUUUACACAGUUUUCACCUUCUAAUUGGCGAUCUGUCAUCGUGGAACGCUCAGAGGAUUAAAAAGGAGGACGUGUAUUUAUUACAGCCACGUCCAAACCUUCCUGGAAAAGUUUCACAAAGAGAAGCUUUGUUCUUUUUAAAUAAAACAACUCUUACUUAUCUGGACUCCGUGCAGCCAGGAAGCUGCGAAGCCGGGGGAGCUACAGGUUUACGAAGACGAGAUCGAAGUUUACUCUGUGGUCGUGUGCGGUUUUAUGGUACCUUGAGACUGUUAUUCUUUGAACACUUUUGAAGUCAGUAGUAAAGGUUCUCCAGGUUACAAGGAACUUUUGCAACAAUACAAUGUGGACGUAAAAGGAAAUGGGUUUAUUUUAUCAAGUAGGAGACAUGCUGUCAUUGUAGGAACAUGAAAGCUGUUAUGGGUAAUGCUGCGUUCACACAUACAGUGAUUUUAUCCCUGCAGUUCUCCAGUCACUAUAGCGUGAAGUCACCAGGUACUGGUACUUCUACUACUGGUUGCCAUAAUAAUGAUGAAACUCGCAUUAAAAUUGAUGGCAAAUCAGUUUUCUUGCUACUAAAAUGAAACUUUCUGGAUGGAGAUUUGCGUAUAAAAUUCAGCAAUACCAUGUCCUUCGAGAUGAAGGAGAAGCAGUGCGUGAACUAACGCCCAGUAGUGGUCGCUGUACCGAGUUGAUCUCUGGACACGCCCACAUCUAGUCACCGACGGUCGAUGUCGCUGAUGCCUCCAGCUCUCACUGAAAAUGAACGAGCUCCUUCUGCUCUGUAGCUGCAAGUCACUGUAUGUGUGAACGCAGCAUUGGGAAAGCCUCACACAGAGUCUGUGCACAGCAAACACAUGAGUCUUUGUGAUGACACACAAGCAUGAUUUCACCCCACGUCACCCGGGAGUCCAUGUCGCUGUGUGAGAUCAGACCGUGGACGACAUCAUGCACCUUUUGUGGCGUCUGGAGAUUGAGAUUUGCAGCCCUUAUUGCCACUAUGGUGUAACGUGCCAACAAACAAUGCCAUAUCUGCUCUGUCAUCUGGAAAAUGAUGGAUUUUGUUUCAUGUCUGUUUUUAAUACAAAAGGAAUAGUUGAGAAACUUGACAUUUAUUAAUAUUAUGCAUUUUUCUAUUUAUGCCUACAUGUGUGGAUGUAGUGUUUUGUUUUGUUUUUUUUUGUUUUUUGUUUUACUUUUAACAAUCGUUAUCUCUGUGUGGUUUUCAAUAUUUAAUACUAAAUCAUUAAAUAUCAUUAACUUAAAUCUAUCAGUUAGAGGAAUAAGCCGGCUCUUUCGAACCUAAUCUCUUUAGAUGUUGCACCACAGACCAGCACUGAGACGAGAAAAGAACUGAAAACCUACUAACCUGAAACCAACAUCACAUACAGUACAUGAUUCAUUUCAGAAAAAGGUCAGAAAUCUGAACUUAUACAAACAAUUUAAUUCAUUCAUAAUUGACUGCUUUGUCCUGGUUGUACAUCUGGAAACACUGUGCUCUAAGCCAGACUACACACACACCAGUCCAGUGCAGAGCAUUAUUUAUACACACACACAUUUGGGGAAGUUUAGAAUAGCUAAUCCUUCUUCCAGUAUUUUUAUUGAUUGGAUGUAGGAUAAAACCCAGAGAAAAAUCACUGCUAUGAUGUGAAACACUACAUCCAAGCUUUGGAUGUAAACUCGUACCUAGAUAACAUAUACUACAAAUUCUUCCCUCUUUUUAAAAAAUCUCCAAAAUAUAGGUUUUUUUUUCAGUUUUAAAGCUUAACAGUGAAAUACCUUUCUAAACAGUAUACAGGAGUCACAUCAACUAUCAGACAAAAACUCUCUAAGAUGAUGUGAGGAAGAAACCUUGAGAGGAACCAGACUCAAAGGGGAACUGUAUAACUGUCUACUAUACACUGAUCAGGCACAAAAUUAUGACCACCUGCCUAAUAUUGUCUUGGUCCCCCUUUUGCUGCCAAAACAGAUCAGACCUUUCAUGGUAUGGACUCUGUUAGAUUCCUGAAGGUGUGCUGUGGUAUCUAGCACCAAGACGUUAGCAGCAGAUCCUUUAAGUCCUGUACGUUGCAAGGUGGGGCUACUUAGGAUACUUACAGGAUUUAAGGGAUACUUUUGAUAGAUACUGACCACUGCAGACCGGGAACACCCCACAAGAGCUGCAGUUUUGGAGAUGCUCUGAUCCAGUCGUCUAGCCAGCACAAUUUGGCCCUUCAUCAAACUCGCUCAAAUCCUUAUGCUUGGCCAUUUUUCCUGCUUCUAACAUCAACUUUGAGGACAAAAUGUUCACCCGCUGCCUAAUAUAUCCCACCCACUAACAGGUGCCAUGAUGAGGAGAUCAUCAGUGUUAUUCACUUCACCUGUCAGUGGUUAUAAUGUUAUGGCCGAUCAGUCAAGUGCAGUCUUAAGACUUCUAUUAUAAAAGAAGUUUGGAGUUACAUUGUAAAUGGCUCUAGUGUUCUUUUCUCCGUGAAAUGUCAAAAGAUUUCCGAUUUCCAGUGAGACAUGUCCAACACACUGGCUUAUUGAUAUCCCAUCAGCUUCAUAGUCUCUCCAGUCCUGCUGUGUGUCUUGUCAGUGGUAAUCGCACAUAUUUCUAUAGACGUAAGAGCUAGAGAUUAGGUUUUAAAAUUGCUGGCAUGUCUCUUUAAUGUAUUCAGCAAAAAAAUAAAAUAAAAAUUGUGUCAUGUUAAAUCAGUCUCUAAGAGUCUAAUGUAAGAGCUGGUGCGAGGCGUUUAUCUGUCGAAGUGUUGUGCUGUCAAUGAGAGCGUGUUUCACUAAGAGUGACUCAUGCACUGAGAGUCCUUGUCUAUUGUUAUCGCAUAAUAAGUGUCUCUCUGACUGACAUCUCGGUCUAGCAGCGUGCAAACACUAGACGAAUACUCAGGCGUGUAUUAGCUGCAAAUGCAGUCACUGCUUUCAUAACUCGUUAAUAUUGUCUUUGUAAUAAUAUCUGUGUUCAUGUCACAAAAAGGGAAACGCUGUUCUUUUAUAAUAUCUACUCUUUAAUCUAUCCCACAAUGCCAUGCUGAGUUAUUUAUUUUCCUAAAGAAAUGGAUGUACCCCAAAUGUACUGAACAUUCUUUUUCCAUCUAAUAAUAAAUAAAUAAAUAAAUAAAUAAAUGAAUAAAUAAAAAUCCAAUACA